AUGGAGCGCAGCGUUAUCCGGCUGAGCCACUGCCACAAGGACAUCUUCUGCUUCUCGCUCCCGGAGGAAUGUCCCAGCUGUGGGGAGCGACUGCAGGGGAGCAGGCUGCUGGAGGCCCCGGUCAGCCUGCCCUCCCCGCUGGCUGACGGACACAAGAGCUCCUGCUGCCUCCUCGUCACACCUGCUGACAGCAACACGCACCGAGACUUUGAAGGGACAUCCGACCUGCACACGGGCAUCUCCAGCACUUCAGGAGUUGUGUACAACUACACUGAGAGAGGAGUGAGCAGAGACAUGAGUGGCUGGCAGUGCUGCAUCAGCGUCCCUCUGGUCAGGCCUGACAGAUUCCACCUGCUCGCUCAGUGGGAUCAGUAUCUGGACCGCUUCUCAGACGGACCCAUGUGGGACCCCACGUGGCACAGCUUCGACGAGGACAACCACAACUGCUUCAGUUUCUGUCUCCAGUUCAUCAACAGUGUGCUGGCGGUGGAGGGACGAGCUCCUCUGACCAGAGACACUUUCACACGCAGCUUCAUCCUUCCGAGGAUGAUGAGAGUCUCCAAGUACAUGACGCUGUGCCGACACAUCGAGAGAGAAGACGUCUAUGUGGUGGACAGACAGGCUGAGGGCCGAGACGAAGCUUGA